AUUGAAAUUAGCUAUUUAUAAUAAAUUUAAUUUAACAAUAACUAUUGUUCUAUAUUCUAAAAUACCAUUAAGUAUUAGUUUAGUACCAUUGUCUAUUGUUAAUAUUGUUAUUUUUACGAUGUAAAUUGUUUUUUUUAUUAUUUAUACAUUUAAUUUUAACUAUUCAAUUAUUAUAUGUUAACUUCAAAUUUUAUUCAUUACGUGCGAAUUUAUGAUACAAAAUAUCGAUACAUACCUAAUGUCGUACAACAUAUUGUAAUACAUCAAUAUUCAAUAAUUAAUUCGACUAAUAAUUAAAAUUCCGUUGUGAAAUUACAGUCUUCAGGGCUAACUUAAACUAACAUUUAGUGGAUUGUUUUUCUUAUCGAGGUAAUUUCAUCUUAAAUUUACAUUACAGCAUUUUAUAUUCCUGUUGUCCUAAUUUUUAAAUUAAGAUUUUACAGAUAAACAGAAUUAAAAUGAAUAAUAAUAACUAUUAUUUGAAGAAAAAAGAUAUAAUUGUGAUAUUUGUUAAUUUAUUGGUGCUAUCCUUAGUCAUAUAUAUUUAUCAUGUUGUUCACGAUUUGAAAACUAUGCUUUCAAACGAGAGGUUAUGCAUACUAAAAACAUCUUCAAAGACUGACUUAACUGAAGGUGAUAUAGAUGAAAUUUAUUUUGACUUUUCCAAAAUGAAAAAUUUAAAUAUUAGACAUACCAGAUCGACCAAGUCUACAAAAUUUCAAAGUAUGUCCUUGUUCUACUUGGCUCAACCAAAUAUAGAUUUUGAACAAAAUGGUAGUAUCUUAGGGCCGUGGAUUUUGUCAAAUAAAAGUUUACCAGUUGACUCGUAUUCUCCCAUAAAAUUAACUUCAAGAAGAACUUUGUUAGAAAUAGUUGACCAAGGACUUUAUUUAGUUAACAUACAGGUUUAUUAUUUGUCAUCUACUAAGAGGAACAGUUUUUCUAUCACAAAAGUAACAGCUGCUUUAAAUGAAACAUUGUCUGUAUGUAGUGCAGUGGGUGUCUCUGGAACAGAAAUCUCAUGUUUCACAUCUAUUGUAGAGUAUUUUAAACCUGGAGAAUCAAUUUUAAUUAGACUUAGGGAAAUGUCUUCUGGUAUAAACCUUAACCGUAAAGCUUCUCACACUUACCUUGGCUUUACUAAGCUAUUGUAAUAAUUUCGUCUCUGUAAUACUGUGAUCAAAAUACCACUACUUUCAUAAUUUUUAAUAUAUAAUUUGAUUUAUAUUUCUAUUACUACAUUUUUUUUUUUUUAAUAAACAGUAUUAUUUUAAUCAUAAUAUUUUGUUAUAUUAAGGUUGUUUUUCAUAUUUUAAUUAUAUUUUAGGAAUAUAUCCUGGUAUACAUUUGUUUCUAUUCAUAUUUAUAUAUAAAUAUUGUUAAAAAAACAUUUAAAUAUAUGAUUAAGCCAUCUUAAGUUUAUUAGGAUUAUAACAAUACUGAUGACAA